UGAAACUAUAGCUAUGGAGUGCAUGAUUCAAUUGAUAUUGAACACCAUUCAUCAUAGGUUCUGUUUUUUUCAGAUCGUUUUGGUCCUGUUUCUUAUACCGAGAUUUUAUACUUCCAGGUGCAUAAUUUUAAGUGAUUCGUGUUCCAGCGUUUUGCUGCUGUAAUUAUGAGGAUUAGAGAGCCAAAGACUACAGCGUUGAUCUUUGCAUCUGGGAAAAUGGUGUGUACCGGAGCUAAAAGUGAACAUCUGUCAAAGCUGGCUGCAAGAAAGUAUGCUCGGAUUGUUCAGAAGCUUGGCUUUCCUGCAAAGUUCAAGGAUUUCAAGAUACAGAACAUUGUAGGCUCAUGUGAUGUCAAAUUCCCGAUUAGGCUUGAAGGUCUUGCAUUCUCUCAUAGUGCUUUCUCAAGUUAUGAGCCUGAGCUAUUUCCAGGAUUGAUAUACGAGCGGUGUUGAUAUCGUAUUUACUGGUCAUGUCCAUGCUUAUGAACGCACGGUAUGCUCAAAAUUGUGUUAGCUUCUUUUAUUAGUCAUCAGAAAAAACUUAUGUCAGUUGUGAUAUUAA